GUGAAGCGGCUGCAGUCACAGGAACUGCAGUUCUCAGAUGUUGACACACAAAGCCUCUAAAACUCGCUCAAAAUCAACCUGCCAGUAAUGAGAAGCACGGCAUGGCAGACAGACAGGACACUGAGGUGGAGGAGGCUGAGCAGGUGUACCUGCUGAUGAAAGAGGAGUACAGGAUUUCACGCAACGUGCGUCUGUCCUGGUUCCUCAACCGGCUCAAUCAGGCCGUUCGGCCCAGUCCUCUGUCUGAGCUGCUGAAGUCAGAGAACGAGCUGGAUGUUUUGAGCGUCCUCCCGAAAGGAGGCCCCCCCGACUCUCCUUCCUCGUCUUGCCCGUGUCUGCUGGUUCCCUCCACACACGUCACCUUCCUGGCGCGCAGGUACCGCUUCAUCAUCGAGCUGGACCUGAGCCCGUCCACCGGGAUCGUGGAUGACAGCACAGGAGAGAUGAUCUUUGAUGAAGUCUUCCACGCUCUGUCUCGGUGCUUGAUUGGUCUGGCAAAACCCUUUAAAGUCCCAGGAACUGAUCACGUGUUCCAGCCAGAGAUCUUCAUCACUAUUCUGGCGUAUUCCUCCAUCAUUGGCCUUAGUUCUCACCAGGUGUUGGUUCAGGGCUGUCAGCUGGACUGUAUGGAUUUGGAGCAGUUCUUGCAUCAGAUCUAUCAGCAGCUGAGAGCCGUGGAGAGCAGCAUCGCUGACGUCCUACAGCAGCAGCACAAUCAGUUCAGUGGAUCUGUCUAUCAGUCCUUCUCUAAUGAUGCAGUGGAGGACCUGUCUCAGAGGAAGCUGGGGGUUUCCAUGGUGACGGCUGAUGUCGGGCUGGUCAGUAUGGUGAGGCAGGGGAUUCUCGCUCUGCAACUCCUGCCUCCAAACUCUGGUGCUGGAAUAAUAAUCAUCACAGAUGGAGUGACGAGUGUUCCUGAUGUAGCUGUGUGUGAAACACUACUGAACCAGCUGAGAAGUGGAACCAUUGCCUGUUCGUUUGUCCAGGUGGGCGGCGCUUACUCCUACGACUGUAGUUUUGGCUACAUCCCCAACGUGGAGCUGAUGAAGUUCAUCUCCAUGGCAACCUUUGGCUCCUACCUGUCCAUGUGUCCAGAGCCUGACUCUAGAGGCGAUGAGAUGAACGCUUACCAUCGCGCUUUCCUCACGUACUCCUUCCUGAGGACCGGCGAGUCCAUGAACCCAGAGUACUACUGCUUCUCCCAGCACAGGCUCUUUAAUGAACACCUGGUGUCGGCCAGUGGAAACCCCGCCUUAGUGAUGCGCAGGAAGAAACACACGGAGAAGGAAGUGCACGCUGACUUGAUCAGUGUCCUGUCCAUCAGACUGCGAGAGGGAUACACCAUCCGAGAGAUCAACAUCACUAAAGGAGGAAGUCAGCUGGAGGUGAAGCUGGUCCUUCUCUGGAAGCAUAACAUGCGUGUCGAGUACCUUGCCGUGGCAUCCUGGCCCCUGAAUCCAGUCAAACGCACCACCUGGGUGGAGGUGACCAUAGAGGGCAGCUACGACAUCCUCCAUGACAUCAGCUGCACCAUGCGGAAACCAAUCACAAGCCCCUACCGGACGUCUGUCAUCCGCCGCUUCUGGAACACACUGCAGAGCAUAAAUCAGACAGACCAGAUGUUGGUGCACCUGCAGUCCUUUAAUUCCAUCCCAGAACACUACACCAUCCCCGAAAGCACGAAAAAUGGGGUUCCUCUGUUUUACAUCCCACCUGGAUCCACAACACCGGUCCUCUCUCUCCAGCACAGUGGCUCUAAAGACUCCAGCCAAUCACAGUUUGCCUCCUACUGGAAGCCCAUCCUGUCCAUGGACGCCAACUUCUGGCAGCGCUGGCUGCACAUGCAUCGCAUCGCUAUCAUUCUGGAGCAUGACGUCCCGGUCCCAAAGCACGUGCACAACGCUGGCAGUAACGGUCGCUUCAGUACCAUCCAGUGUCGCAUCUCUCACUCGGCGCUCACCUCGCUGCUCAGGGACUGGAGCAGUUUCGUCCUGGUGGAGGGAUACUCAUACGUCAAACUUAUCUACAGUGCCUCUGAGUUGCCGCCUGUCUCCUUCUAUCUGGUGCGUCUGAUCUCUAAAGCUCCCUGCAUGGUGCUGCGAUUGGGCUUCCCGAUAGGAACUCUGGCACACUCCAGGAACAAGAUUGUGGAUGAACUUCAAGAGCAGAUCCUACGGCUGCGGUUCCCUCAUCGAGUCCAGAAUAAGGAGGCCACGCCAAAAACUAAACGGAAGAUUCUGGGUAACGCGUCGCCCUCCAAAUCCCCGCCUCUUCCUGCAGCCAAACCGGCGCUGUCUGACCGGCCGUGUGUGGUGGUGCUCAACAAACCCCUCGAAAAACUACUGAUCAGGUACGAGAAACUUCCGUCAGAUUUCCGCACCCCUUUCAUCUUAAACAUGGAGCCGUUCGCUCAGCCGCCCAUCAUGGGCGCCCCUCUCAGCAUGGCUGCCAGCAGAACGGCGUCCUCCACCAUGGCGUCUCUGUCCCGCUACUUCCUGCACCAGCGCUGGGUUUGGGCUGUGCAGAACGGUCCGGGAACCGCUGUAUCGCUGCACGCAGUCGCUCAUAUCCUCUCAAUGCUCUGCGAUAUUCGUCUGUCGGAAGGCUUCCACUUUGCCGCCAGCGGGGAGGGUAUCGUCAACAUGGUGGCAGAACUGCCAAUGCAGAGUCCGUCAGCUGAUUUAAACGGAGAAAAACACACCUGCAUAGUCCAGUACAUCCUUUUCCCGCCUCAUUCCACUUCUACUAAGGACAGUUUCUCCACAGAUGAUGACAAUGACACUGAGGUGGAGGCCAUAGAUGUGGACACAGAGCUGAGUUUGGUGACGGAGUGCUGGGUGGAGCCUCAGAGCGGAGCCGUCUGUAGCUCACUGGAGCAGCAGAGACACUUUCAUCAGCUCACCUACCAGGAGAUCCCUCAGGCUAUCUUUCCCCGUGAUCUGUCGUGCAUGACAACGAUGAUCACUUUUGAAUACCUCAGCCAGCUGUGUCAGAAUAAAGAGCAGGUGUGUCCUCUCAGAGAUGCUCCAGGCGAGCUCCCCGCUGCUGCUGCUGAUGACUGCAUACACGCUGUGCCUUUCCAGUUCGACCUGAUGAAACUCUUGCCCAAGUGCCAGCAGAUCGAGCUCUUCUUCUACACCUUCAGCCGAGAGGGUCAAGCGGACGCCUCCCGUAGCGCCUCCUGUCUGCCCAACGAUCUCCUCCUCAGCCUCUUCCACGGCUCUCUGCAGAAUGAGCUCAGUGAUCGAGAGAUCCCAUUGACCGACGGCGAUCAUGCGGCGUUCAUGCAUCGCAUCCUAGAGCGGGAAAGGGACGGUCAUGUGGCUCCAUUCUCACUUCCUGUCAUUAAAGAAGAGAGCUUGAAGACUCCGGAGAGGCAGGACACUGUUCUUUCUUUCCACACAAUAGGAAGCAGUAAAGAGGUGACAGGCUCCUCCAGCACACUACAGAGCUUCAGUAAUGCAGAUCUUGUAGACGACGAGCCAGCUGGCGCGGAGCAGGACUGCUUAUCUCCUCACUGGAAAUGUUACGCCAAAUACAUCAGCCAUCAGCAGAUCCUGCUCACUUUCCUGCCAGCUACAUUUACAGAUGUGCAGCUUUUGAUGUCUUCUGGGCUGGAAACUGAACCUCCAAUCAAUAGCGGUCUCCUGGAAGAGAAGGGGACCUGUUGUCAGGACAACGGCCAAUCACAGGCUGACUCCAUCAGCAGCUCUGCCAAUGGUCCACAAGUUGGAACAGGUCAACAUGGAGGAGACAGGAAGGGGUCCACGGUGGACCCAGAAGCAGCACUGGAGACAUCUGCAGGACAGAGCAGCAUGAACGCAAGUGAUGCUGCUUCAGAGGAGAAGGACGGCGUUCAGUUUCUGGAGCCGCAGAAGCGAGACUGUCACAUCACGUUUGGCAGACAGACGUCUCAGCAGAGCAGUGCUGACGCAGCACGACCCCGCUGCCCCAUCUACAUCUACAACUGCUCACUGGACUCCCUCAAAGAGCAGCUGGUCCACCCGCGCUCAGGACGCCAGCCCAGAGACGUCUUCUUCAGAGCUCAAGAGACAGACUCCUGGGAGUUCAGUCAGCAGCCCAAAUACAGGUCAAUCUCUCAGGAGCGCAGCAGCGCCUGCUCCUGGACUGAGCUCAUGACGCACCCUCACAAACACAAAGAACUGGCCAACUACUGCAGCUUGCUGCAGGAGCACUACUACCAGAGCUAUGUCAAAGGUGUUUAUCGCAGUCUGCAGCAGUCGCACAAUGUGAGCUCACAAGACCUACUGACGGCUAUGGACUACUGCGAGGAGUCGCUGCAGGAGAUCGACAUCACUUCCUUCCUGCAGACGCUCUGCGGACACGUGCGUGUGUUUCGUGAGCGUCACGAGCUUCAUGGCUCUGUCAAUGUAAGCAAGUCCAGGAACGCUCCCACCACCUUCAUCAUCGGAGAGGAAGAGGAUGAUGGAGCUGACAGAGCCACACUGGUGUCUUCAUCCAGUAUUGAGCUGGAGGAUGUGAGUGAAGGCGAGUCCAGAGGGAAAGUCUCUGCUCCCACAUCCCUGCUGGACCUGGACGAACCAAAGUCUCCAAAAAUCCCAGAAUUCCCUCUGUCUCUCCUCCAGUCCCAGCAGAAAUGUGAAGUGUAUCCUGAUUUACACAAAAUCAUACAGGAUAAGUUCAUGGAAAUUGGUGCUCAGUAUUUCAAGACGGUACCGUCCAAUCCACAUUAUUUCUUUUACUGCCUUCCAUCUUCCAAAAAAGAGGAGGAUUCAGACAGAGAGGGAGAGCGGAGAGCCAGCGAGGACUGUGAGGUGUCUGAAGCUGAACUCGCCACAGAAGACGAGAACGUGUCGGGCUGCUGCAUCGUGACGGAGAGUGACACGGAUCUGGAGGUGGAGUAUCAGGAUUGUGGGAAUGGCAGAGCGGAGGCUGGAGGACAGGGAGCAGGUGAAGGCGAGUCUCCGUCGGACUCCAACACGGUGAACCAGGAUGAGGACUCCUUCAGUAUUCUGGACGGAGACUCUCUGCUGGAGGUGGAGGGUCCGCAGCCGGAGAUGCCGCCUCUGUUUGUGCACCUCACCUGCUCCGUCAACAUGAAGAGCUGCCAUGGCUCCAUGCCCACGCAAACACUGCCAACCUGUCUGGGUGAAGUCAUUACCAGUCUUGAGAAUGCUGAGAGUCUUCAGUCGGUGGAUCUGAACGAGUUGUCUGUCACUCUUGAUAUCUUCGUGCUCACGUUACCUCUGGAGAUCGAGGUCAUGACUCCUGACUUCCACCACAACAGAUACACGUCUGAGAGCAGCGUGUCUCUGAACCGCUCUCCUGGACAGCCCUCGUCCUAUCGCUCUGACGAGGAGCUCAUGGCUAAUCUGGACGGCCUGCGCGGGGUCGGUGUGGAAAGUAUGUCUGGAGAUCCCCUGUCCAAACUUCCUAUUCCGCACAAAAUGGCUGUUUUAGCCACCAUGGAUGAGAUCCGUUGGCUGUUGGAGGAUGAGAUAGUCUCCGCUCUGCGGCACUCGUCUGUUAUCAGCUCCUCCACGCUGCAGAAAGUGUCGGAGCACGUGUGUCGCUCCAGCGGCCGCCCGCAGUGCCACUGUGAGCUCGUUCCCUUGCAGUUCGUAUUUGGUCCCGAGCAGUCGCUGGAAAAGUUUCAAGAGGAGUUCAAGAGGUUAUCGCUUCCUGGUUACCUGCUGAACGCCGAGCAGCACAACUUUCACUACGUCUCACUGAGUCGCCAGCAGUCUCACAGGCUUCAGGCCGCGACACAGCUGUCUAACAUCGCUGCUCAGUACUCAACAGCUGCAGGAACAGUGUCUCGGCAGAGCAGCCUGUGUCCUGAGGUGGAGGACGGAGCCAGAGCAUCAGCAAACAGAGAUGCAGAGUCCAAGAAAAAAGAGCCCGACACUGAGCUGGUGGAGUGUGGAGAAGUGCAGAGGGCUGAUGAGGACACGCGGCCUGCAGCAGCUGAUUCAGCCAGCGAGUCUCUCUCCGAGACCUCUGACCCCGGGCAGCUGAAACAGGCCGACGCGGAGGAGACUCGACCUCAGAGUGACGCUCACCUGCAGGCGGGCAGCAGCAGCACCGAGCGCUCAUCUGAUCACACGUCGCCUCCCAAAACCCCCUCCGCCGCCAGCCUGGUCGAGUCCGUGCAGUCCACCACACACAGCAGUGGGAAAUUGCGUCCCAGUCGAGUUCAGAGCGUCGUUUCCAGUCAGGGCAGCCUGGACUCAGACAUGCUCGGUUAUGAUGGAGGCAGCAGUGAUUCUGAGUGCGACGGACCCACAAUGAAUGAGCAGGAGAGACAGACGCCGCUCAUGCCUGAUUUCUGGCUCAUCAUCAGAAUUCAUCAGGACAGAGUGGAGGUUUUUUCUCAUGCCAGGAGGACUGUGCAAAUGAAUUGGAUCCGGUCGACCACCGAGAUGAACGCUCAAAUGCUUCAUCUGUAUCACUACAAUGCAGAUGAGAGCUAUCAGCCGCGGGACUACCUUGCCGCCACCAUGCAGUUCAUCCCGGGUUACUUCGCCUGUGACGUGGUCUGGAGCACCGUUAUUUACAUUCACCCGCGCCUUAAAAUGGGGCCCAACAUGGGCGUGUCCCGGGCUAUCCAGGCUCUGCGCUCCGUUCUAAAUGCUUUCUGUGUGGUAAACCGCAAAAACAUGUUUGUUUAUCAGGAGCGCACCACCAAAUCUGUGUUCUACCUCCGACUCUCCGAGACGUCUCAGGCAGGGAAGUACAGUGAUUUGGAUGGAAACGUGCACGUGUCGCGCUCUGUCGGUCUGGCUCGCAGCCAGGAGCCGCUGGGCUCUGAGGACCUCACGGCAUCACGCUCUUCUCUGGAAGGCUCAAGGCCGGUUGGACUGGUGGACAAACACAUUUUGCUGCAGGUGCAUGGCGUAGGGACCGCAGGUCCAGAGAUCUCUGAUGAACUGGUGAAGGUUUUGAGGAAGCGUCUGGACGAGGCCACGCUGGACAUUAUUACGGUCAUGCUGGUCAGAAACUGCAAACUGACGCCUGCAGAUGUGGAGUUCAUUCAGCCUCCCGGCUCUCCGGCGACGGAGGUGAUGGUUGUCAGAAUCAGAGAGCAAAGUACAAUGUCGGACCUUGUUCAGAAUCUCUUCCCAAUCUCUCAGUUUGAAGGUAUAAGAGCCUCCAGCCUCUUCACUGUUGUGCUGUGUGUUCUGUGGCGCCCCCACUGGCUGAGUGUGUUCUGUUCUCCAUCACUCUCUCCUCUAACCCUGCUCUCCCCAGGUAUCGCCUGCAUCGCGCUGUCGUUCGUGGACGCUAAAGGCUGCGCGCUGCAGGUUCCCGCUCAGGACGGCAGCGGCCCGGCUCUCAGAGGAGACGUCUCCAGCAUCUCCCUCCAGCCGGACCAGUUCGAGGCCUUGACGACUGUCGUCAGCCAGAGCUCAGGUGCAGCCGUGUGUGUGCGCUUCGACGUGUGGGAGCAGGGUAACAUCAGCCCGCUGCAGCUGACCGACCAGCUCCGGGCGGCUCUACGCCAUGCCCUCUGCGACAUCCUCAUGGAGAUGCGCGUGCUGCCAAACCCGUUGUGUCUGGACACCUUCUGCCUUCCUGCAGCCGCCCAGCGGGACGAGAGCACAGUUGCCUUGAGUCUCCUGCAGUCUGACAGUAAGGAGCUGAAGGAGAGCGUUCGGCGGCCCAGUGGAGCUCAUGGGCUCAAGAGCAGCCCGUCUCCCAUCAGCCUGAGUUCUGUGCCCAGCUCCACCCCGACCACUGGAACCAGCACGCCCGAGUCCACCACACCCACCGGCAAAACCACGCGCCGCAGCUUCUGGGAAAUGCUGAGUAAACCAGAGACUUCUGAGCUUGGCGGUCCGAAGACGACGGAUGACAUUGUACCGGAGCGUGUCGAGGACAGUCGCGUGAGCCGGCGGAGACACAAGACGGAGAGCGUCAAACAGCAGUGGAACCAUGAGAAAGCCAUGGCAGUCGAGCAAGAGCAGGUCCAGAGGAGGCAUGCAGUCCAGCUGGAGGAAGGUGAUACAGGCACUCUUCAGCCCAUCUACCAGACCACGUACCUGCCCUGGGUCACCUUCAUGAACAGACUGGGUUGUCCUUCCAUCCAGCACUGUUCAGCUGAAGCCUCGCAUCAUUUCCUCAUGCCCUCCAUCCUCACAGAGACGGUCAAUCUGGUCGGCUCACUGGCCGGUGACACGGCAGUCAAAGUGUUUGAAAGAACCAGCUGUCCUCAGGGAGACAUCUAUGUCCCCCUGUCAAUCAUCCAGCACAUCAGCCAACCACCUGGCACCACCAGGAGCUUCAUUCUCAUUGGUCGCAACUUCAGCCAAUGGCACUGCAGUACAGAACAAGAAGACAGUUCAGAUGAAGAGAACAGUCCUGUACUAAAUAGGUGCACACCUCAUAAGGGCCUGCAGCGGUUCGAGGGUUUGGAGCACAGUGAUUGGCUGAGCCCGGGGCAGGCCGUGAGGGGCGUGGCUCCACGCCAGCGCUUCCUAUACAUACAGAUUGUCAAUAAGAAGGUGACUCUGUACACGUAUAACUGGUCGGUGGAUCUGGGCGUCUCUCUGAAUCAGGGUCUGGUCAGACUGGUGCAGUGGCAGAACGCCCGCGCUCAUGUGGUCAGCUGCCUCCUGAGUCAGAAAAUGGGCCUUUUCCAUCAUUACUGCUUCUCUGAUACACCUACACAUGAGGACCUGAAACAGGAGCCCAACCCAUUCCUGAGCUCCACGAUCGAGGCGGACGCUCUGUUGAGGAGUCCGGUUCCUCCGGCCGUGAGUAAGGAUCAGGGUCGGAUGGGCAGCUCUACUCGUGCUCUUCCUCCUCUGGCCUUCCCCGGAGAACUCGUGCCCUUUGAUGAAGCUCUGAGAGACGUGAACACAGUGAGGCCCCUGAGCAGUCAGGACGGACCCGAUAUAGUCGCUCGCCAUGGAGCCCAGCUACUGGAGGUCAAAGCCGCUGAGCGCAGAGAGCUGGAGAGACAGAUGAAGAUUGAGAAUCUGUUUGUGACGUGGCAGCAGCGCUCGGCUCAGUCCAACAUGCCCAUCUCUGUGGCGGAUCUGGACACACUGAAGCAGUCGUCUCGGCUGGUCCAUUACUGCGCCACUCCGCUGCUCUUUGACCCCGUCUUCCGGAAACGGGUUCAAGAGGAACAGCUGCCUCAGCCACAGAUGAAGAAGCGGCAUCGCUCCAGUGACUCUACAGCGUCCGGCCGCGAUCGCAGCUACAGCAUGGAUUCUGCAGACAUGCUGCCGAGUCGUCUGAAGGAGGAGCCGUGGCUGCAGGAGAUCUCCAGCAUGUUCCUGCAGCAGUAUGUGCAGUAUCUGCAGAGCAUGGGCUUCAUCCUGGUGCAGGUCCGGCCGCAGUCGCCCGCUCGCAGCAUCGCUCGAGCUCGAGCCGCCAUGUUGAGUUCUUUAUCCACCGAAGGCAGAUCUUCCUUCUCCUCUUUCUCAUAUAAUAAGCAGAAGAGUGAAGACAGCCCCAAGAGCAAUGCAUCGAGCUCGGCGUCGUAUCAUCUGCAGAGGGCGCUGCCAGGAGGAAUCGUGCUGAUGGAGCUGGCUUUUCAAGGCUGUUAUUUCUGCGUGAAGCAGUUUGCAUUAGAGUGCUCAAGGAUUCCCAUGGGUCAGACGGUUAAUUCUCAGCUGUCCAUGCUGUUCACCGAGGAGUGUGAUAAGGUGCGGGAUCUGAUGCACGUUCACUCCUUCAGCUACGACUUCCACCUGCGUGUGGUGCAUCAGUACCUCGUGGGCUGUCACAUGACCCUGCGGCAGGGGUACCAGCUCACGGCCUUUCUGGAGGACUUCAUCGCCCAUCACCCUGACAUACCCAAGUUUGGACGCAACCAUGUCUUCCAGGGGAGUUUCUCCAUAUCGACGGGGAUGAUCACAGCGCAUCAGCUGUAUAAUUACAUCACUGAUCACGCCGGCACUUACGGGAUGAAGCCCCUGCGCAUGUCUAAAUCUGCAGUUACCACCGAUAACAAGAAGGGGGCGCCGAGCGCAGAUCUGCACGAGUACGUGCUGGUCGCUCUGUGGAACAGCUCUGGCUCGUUUAAGGAUCUGGAGGGAUUGCGACACCAUGAUGACUUUGACGUGUCGCUGCUGGUUUGUCAUAACGCCGCCCCGUUUGAGGAGCAGUCGGAGGGAGAGAGACACCUGCUCAGGCUGCGUUUCUAUGUGAUCAUGACCAGUCAGAGGGAGCUGUUCCCGCGUUUGACUGCAGACAUGCGGCGCUUUAAGAAGCUUCCCCAGAUCCACCGUGACCCCAGUGACCUGAGCGACCGCGUCCCUGCAGAGCGGAUGGAGGCCGGCGGGGAAUCUGAACUGGAUCUGUGGGAGGACACCACCGCCCCCGUCACCCCUGCAGCCAGCCCUGAGUCUGACCCCAUGGAGAGCCUCCUGCACGCAGACGCAGACACAGACGACUCCCAGGGGCUCUUCUACCUGUGUCCUCUCUUCCCCCUGCUCAGUUCGGAGGUGCUGUCUGCUCGCCGGCAGAUUCAGAGCAGCGUGGAGCAGGCCAUGGGCCACUGCCGCAGGGAUAACCUCUGGAGGAGGCUCUUUCACGGAGAGCACUUGGCUCUGGAUAAACUCAAACUCAGCAAGCUGGCCUUCGGUGAACUGGAAGAGCUGCUGGAUGCUGUGCAGAGCAGAUCGGUCUCUGAGAUUGACCCGCAGCUGGACUGUUUCCUGAAUAUGAGUCCCGCCUGGUACCAGAGUCUCAUCAAAGUCCUGCUGUCCCGCUUCCCACAGAACUGCAGGCACUUUAAAGACGACGGCGGCGGCAUACAGUAUCUGGCCGUCCUGAACCAGAAGUUCACAGACUGUUUUGUGCUCGUUUUCCUGGACACACAGGCAGGAAAAACGAGUCUGAAGGUGGUUUUCAGGGAGCUGUUACCUGCGCAGACGCAGUCGAGCAGCAGUCCUCCACCGCAGCUGGUCUCCAUGUACCACCAUCUGGAGUCGGUCAUCAACACCGCCUGCUACAACCUCUGGACGGGCCUGCUGUGAACCUGUGUUUCUGCCAGCGGUGCAUCAGACGGAGUCAAGUGUCUGAAGUGGGUUUGUGCAAAGAUUGAGCUUUGAGCCGCCCGUCCCUCGCAGACUGAGACUGAACAUGUCUCGUGUGUGUGUAAUGCGUGCUGCGUCGGCCAGGUCGCAUCCAUUUAAGCAAUUGAAUUGCCAACAUUUUGCACAGGAAACCGGCUAAAUGUGCCGCCCUGUUGAUUGAAGGGCGAUUAUCCAGGAGGGUGUAUUUAUUGCGUGUGAAACUCCGCUGGUUUGUCAAAACCAUACUGUCCUUCUGUAGUCUAGUGUUCAUUUGUGCUGUGUUUUCUUCAUCUCCUCUCAGUUGCUGAUGUCGUUUCUGUAGCCUAUGUGCAAUUUGUUUUGUUUUUUGACCAACAUGAUUGUCUUUACUGCCGUUUUUUCAUCCCGAAAGUGCCUUUAUUUUGUUUUCAUAUGAACUUGAUGGGAGCUAGCUAGUGUAUUAUGUUCACCUUUCAAGAGGAAUCUCUUAAAGGGACAGUUCACCCAAAAAUGAAAUUGUCAUAAUUUAC